AUGUCUUCACUUUUGGAUAAGUUUCGCAUUUGCGAUACGAUUGACACGAAUAUUAAACACGAAAUCAAAUUAUUUCAUGUUUUCGAUGACAGCAAUAUUAAAAAGAAUAUACUAUUUGUCACAAACGAUGACACCGUCUAUGGAUUGGGUGCUAAUGGUAGAGGAUGUCUGGGUUUGGGUCACGAUAAUGACGUCAAUACUCCUCAAAUUAUAAGUGAGUUAAGCGGACAACGGGUCAAACAUUGGGGUGAUAAUAGAUACCAUAAAUUGGGACAUGGUACUAAUGAUAAACAUAUUAAGUCACCCAAAUUGAUCCCAGGAUCAUCUAAAGUGAAAGAUAAAUCUAAUGAAACAAAACUGGGAUUACAAUCACAACUAAAUCCCAGCCCUGACUUCGACUUAGAGAAAGUCGACCCAAACCUCCGGCGCUUCAAAAAGGCCGGCAUUUCGGAUGAGCAGUUCAAAGACCCGGACACUCGCGACUUCCGGUAUUCCUACUCCAACGGCGGUAUUGAGGCCGCGCUCGAGGAGAUGAAGGGCUCGCCUCCUAUGCCGCCACAACCGUCCGAACACCAUAACAAUGAGCGCAAACAUCCGCCGCACCGCUCGGCUCACAAACCAUACGCCCCGUCGAUGCCAUCGGUGCCCACCGCUGCGCCGCCGCCCCUACCACCCCCUCCAACCAUGGCGUUAGCCGGAGCGCCCGUACAGCCACCUCCACCGCCUAUUCCUGGGCCCCCAAUGCCGCCGGCGUCUCGAAACAAUUUGUUUGAAAAUCAUUACAAAAACCUUUUCGUGGAGUUGUCGGAUAAACCUCUGGGUUCGGGAGACUUUUCUGAUAAAUACAAACAACGAGUCUAUAAUGAAGUGAAGAAUUUAGGAAAAGUUCGUUCAGAAUAUUGUGUUCAGUAUUACAACUCAUGGCCCGAAAGCAGACACCUCUACAUUCAGAUGGAGUUAUGUUCACAGAAUCUGCGGAAUAUUCUUGAAGUGAAACCACAGGUAUUUGGGCGACAAAUAGGAGAAGCCAUGGAUUGUGCCGAUGUUCAGUAUUUGCAUGAAUUGAAUCCACAGAUCAUUCACAGAGACCUCAAACCAGAAAACAUAUUAAUUGCUGAAAAUGUAGGGAACGGUAGAUUUGUUAAGUUAAGUGACUUUGGUUUGGCUACAGUUCACGACAAAAAUAUAAAUUAUAUGACACGUGAUAAACACACUACAGGUGUGGGCACAAUAAAGUACCAGGCACCUGAAGUAGCUCAGGGUAUAUAUGGACAUAAAGUGGACAUUUAUAGUCUGGCAUUAAUUGGUCAAGAUAUAUUUGAUUUGAAUUUGUUUUUCAUUGACCUUGAUAAUACUGAAAGCAUUUACUCCGGGAAUAAGGUUUUAAACACAAAAGUAAAUUCAUUGCAAAAUAUAUUGCUGUCAAUGCUGUCGACCCCUCAAUGGAUGCGAAGACCUGACUGUUCACAAGUUUUGCGUAAAUAUAAUGAUUGGGCUAUCAAUCGGAAUAUUCUUAAGGAUACAAUAGCCGACAGCGCCGUCAACAUCAGCUCAAUCCAGUUGUCGGGACAGACGGGUAGUGAGGUCAGUUGUAAUGGCUAUAACGUGGUCAAUUACUCGUCAUCCAAUUAUAUCGCUGUUCAGCUGAAUCCGCCCUUGGUCUUUUCGCUCACCUUUCGCUCCUACUACGUCAGCACUUUUACCAAUGUACACUGUUUAUUCACAUAA